ACUUCAUGUUAAUAGUGCUUAUAGUCUAGUUUAUAAAAAUGGAUGCAUUAUUAUUUAAACCACAAUUAAAAGUAAAUCAAUAUGACAAAGAUGAUGCUCGUGAUUAUAAGAGGAAAGAAAACAACCUUAGAUGCAAGCAAGCAAGAGGGUUAUCAGUUAAAGUGAAGCGAAAAAUCCCGCAGACCCUCGAAAUAUCUAAUGAAUCAAUUCAUGACUCGAAAGUUAUUGAAAAAUCUAAAAAGGUCAUACCAUCAAGAUUAGAAAUGCUUAAAGAGUGGAAAAUUAAAAAGGAGAAACAGAAAGCAGCCAGCAAGAAACCGAAAGCAUUUGUUGUCAAGCAUGUAGUACACAAAGAUAACAAUAUUUAUAAAGAUGAGAAUCGGAGGAGGAAUCAGAAGGAGAAUAUCAUCAUUGUGGGAAAGAAAAUCGACUCAACGAAACAGCCGACAAAACCAAAGGUUUUAAGAGAAAGGAACGUAAAUGUGGAGAUCAAUCAGACAAGUCAAAAACAGAGCCUAGGUUGGAAAAAGUCUCAACCAUCUUUAACAAAAAAACCGCCACAAAAGAACAGGAUUAUUCAAACAAGAUCUACUUCAAAUGUUAGCAAAACGUUAGACAAUGAUAAGAAAGUCGGGAGAACUGAAAAUGAACCUGUUACGCGUAUUUUAAGAGGUAAAAAAAAUGUUGAAAAUAAAAGGGAGAAGACUAAAAACUUUAGUGAAGUUGGCUCUAAGCCAUCAACACAACCUAAUGUAAGUGAAAACAUUGAAAAUAAUAAAACCUCUUCGCCAAAAGAUUUAAAUGACAUUGAACAAAAACAAGCUGAAAGUAUUGAAGUCAUCGACCUCCCUGUAGAAGCAAUAGUUGAUGAGCCUACAACGUUCGAGCCACCACAAGGACUAGCUUUUAUUAAUUUUAAAUUCGAUAGGGACGCUCUUUCUCCAAGAAAGUUUUUAGAUGGGCAAAUUCAAUCAGAAGUUAGUGGUGAGGAAAAAACUUUGUCUCCAAAUACAUCUGAAAAAGCCAAUAGCGUUGAUGGUACGCCCGAAUGUGUAAAGGUUUAUCCAAAAGUAGAUUCGCUUCGUAAAUCUGCUCGAUUGGUACGUAGUAAAAUCACAUCAAAUGGUGACUUAGAUACGCCCAAAACGCCGGUUGCUUUGUUUAAAGAAAGAGAGGGUAUUACCCCAGCAAGAAUCACAAGUUCCAAAAGAAACAGCUUAACUCCAAAUCCUAAGAAUUUUCUAAGCAAGGUGGAAGAUCCAGUUGCACAGCGUAUCGAAUCGCCAAAGUUACAAAGUAAAGUUGACUUGCUGAGGACACCACCUGAUAUGAAAAAGAGUGUCAACCAUUUCACGGCAUUAGUCUCCAGCGAGGAAGAAAAGUUCUCUUCUUGUUGCGAAAAGUGGAAUAAAGUAAUGGAAGAGAAUACAGCACCGGAGAAAGACCAUGGGAAUAUUCUUGCAGCUAUUGGACAAGCUCAACUGUUCAUGCGAAAACGAUUUAAACAAUUUAAGGAAUUGAUAGAAUUACAUAAGGACAAAACUGCCGAGAAGGCUGCACAUGCGUCAGAUUUAGAUGGUUUUUGGGAAAUGAUAUAUUUUCAGGUAAAGGAUGUGCAUAAACGCUUCGCUGAGUUGGAAGUCUUACAAAACAACAAUUGGGAAGAACCACAAGAUAGCUGUAAAGCUGUGAAGAAAGUUACCAAAGUAAAGAAAAAUGUAGUAGUUAAGAAACCAGCUCCAAGCAAGACAUCAACAAGAAAAAGUGACUUUAAAAAGUUCAGAGAACAAAUGAAAGCAAAGAAUUUAAAAGAACAACAAGGUGAUGCAGCUGGUGCGUUUGUGUCGAUCAUAACUACUUCCGUCGAUGAGGAAGGGAAGAAGGUGUUGACACCCAUGCGUCGUUCGCUACGCAACUUCAAUGCAUCUGACAUCAAAAAUAGCCCAGCAGUUUCUAUGGUAAUUCCGGUUGAUGUUUCUGUUAAGAAAAGUGUUGAUGAAUUUUCUGCGGAUUCCUUGGAAGAAACCUCACCAGAAAAGCAGAAAACCAAAAUGAAACAGAAGAUUGAUAAUCCAGGAGAAGAAAUUGUGAAGUCGUUGCGGCGUUCGACAAGAAAAACACCUUCCAAAUAUCGUAGCGUUGAUGCUGUCACUACACAAAGGAAGCCUGCGGAUGUUGCAUGUAAUCUUUUCACCGACAGCGGAGAAGUUUUUAAUGAACCAGAAUUGAAUAAUGAAGAUGAGAACUAUGAUUUCAACAAGUAUCUUUCAAAAACCAUCAUAUCUGAAGAUCAACCAGUGAAACGCGAUUUGCUGUCUUCAUUCGACGAUCGUGUGGACACUCCACCCCCUCUCCCAUUAAAUGACCUAAUGAUGUUUUCACCUAUAGUAACAAAGCUGAAUAAUGAAAGGAGUGUUCCUAUUCAACCUUCAAGUUCGGUACAGCCAACGUCUUCUUUGGUGAAUGAUCUUUUGUCUUGAAAGCUUUGUGAUGCAUCAAAUUGACUUGUAAUACACUACAUAUUCGGAUUUGUGUAUAUUUAUAUCUAUAUACGGAGUAAUAAGUACUGGACAUUCACUAAGAAGGAUAGACACAUUUCAAGAUGACAGCAGGGAUUAGCGUUUUCUAAUUCAAAAUGACUUUUAGCAUAUUUGUGAUAGCAUCUUCAUUAAAAUAUUUCAUAAAAUUAUCCUAUUUUUUAUACUUAACCAUGGGUACAAUACUCGCCUGUACUUGUUUAAACCAAGUAAAUCAGCGCAUUCCAAUCUGUCAAUGGUCACUUUAUUGGGAGCAUUAUAUUGUGAAAGGUUUUCUUCAUCUCUCGUUUCUUUUUUCUUUUCUUUUCUUUUUGCAUAAAAUUUUUAUGUGUUUCUAUACUUUGGCUGGGUAUCAAGGAAUCUGUGUCAGUCAUCUCUUUCCCAGAUCUCUUUGGGAUAAGAUUAUAUUUGAGGGUGAUAAUAAUGUGUCUUGUAUUUCAGCUAUGAAAUGCCGGGUAAAAAGUCAUGUAAUGUAUGCUGAGUCAACGGAAGUACUAUAACAUAUUUUCUGCAGAAACCCUUCACUUGCAGACAUUCCUAGCUGACAUUGUUCUGUGUUCUGCAGGGACUUUUUUGGUCAAAUCGUCAACGAGAAGUUGGUAUAUAUUUAUCAGGUGAUAUAUUUAAAAACUUGUAAUAGUUUAUUUCUUUUUUAUUGUAACAAUAAAACUGAUAUUCCUUA